CGUUGACGAAGCAUCAUACAUGUAGGUAAAGUCCCAAGCUAGACCCUAGGGCUUUGGGUUAGCCGGGGUGACAGGGGGAAAAAAGAAUAGUGGCAGUGAUAUCGCUUUUCUUCAGAAUAUCUCAAAAAUUCCUUUCUCUUUCUCAAGUCUCACACAAGGAGUUGCAAAAAGGGGUCUGGAAUGAUCCCGGAGCACAUUCACCGUGCGCUCCCGGAACGACUUUCAAAUGCAAUUGAUACCCCCAAUCGCAUCUACCGGGACCCUUUCCCUCAUUCACCGAAGUUGCCUCGCUCCCUUGACCAUUCUCGACAGGGACUUUGUCAAUCAGCGGAAGAAGAAAAGAGAGCCUUGCAAAUGCUACCAUCAGUUGAGAUGGGACUCACAACCGUGGCAGGCUCGAGUUGACACCCAAUCAGAGUUGAUGAUGGGUCAAAGACUGUAUCUAAUAUCACUUACAAUGGCCGUCGCAAGCGAGAUCUCUCCCAUCAGGGAACACUAUAUCAGCCAACUCACCCCUUUCGACAAGUUCAUUGCAAGCCUCGGCAAAACCGCUCGCCCGACAGACUUCCAGCUUGUGGAUUUCGCCGACCUCGAGAUCCUCGGGUCCCUCCCCGGCAAGACGGGAGCAAGGAUCGUCACCAAGAAAGCCUCCGGCCUUACCCCACAGGGCACCUUCGUCUUCAAGGGGAUGGACUUUGAUCAGUACAAGCGAGACAGCAAAGACUUUAAGGAACACCAAGAAAAGACCCUUCUCCACGAGAUCCGCACCUUGUGCACCCUACCGCCCCACCCGAACAUCAUGCCCUGCCCCAAGGUCCUCGUCGUCGUACAGGACGGGGACAACAAGUACCGCAUCUGCGGCUUUCUUCAACCGGUCAUGAGCAAAGACUCGGUUGACGAGCAGGUCAUGCGCGCCAAUAGAGCCGGACACCGUCUCCCGCUGGGUCUCAAGGCCAAGUGGUGCUACCAGAUGGCCCUCGCGAUCCAGCAUACCCACCAGGUCGCCGAGAGCUUCCACAUGGACCUGAAACCCGGCAACAUCCUCGUCGACGACUACAACAACCUCCGGCUCAUCGACUGGGAGCAGAGCGGGUUCUCCAUGUUUACGCAUCCACCCGAGGUAACCAUCGACCAAGAGGCCGAAGAGUCGUCCGUCUCCACCGGCGCGAACGGCAAGCCGGUGGUCAUUUAUACCCCCCACACCGGCGCGCCGCGGAGAAAUCAGAAGUGGGGAUUUCCGGACUGGAACGUCCUUCCGGAGUGGAAGACGACGUGUCCCCGGGCCGCAGAGCUGGCGGAGGUGUUUAGUCUGGGCAGGACGAUGUGGAUGCUCCUCGAGCAGGUCGAGCAAUCCCCCGACCCUACGGUAUGGACGGCGAUGGCGAUGGACGUCCCGAAGGAGUGGCAAGACAUGAUUAUGCGGUGUGUUGAGAGGGACCCUAACAACCGGCCCGAGUUGGACGAGGUGGUUGAAUUUUGGCGCAAGCAGUUCUGCUAGGGCUACGAGACUACGAAUUUUGCUUUUUGGGCAUACUUACACAAAGCGGUGUAACAUCAGGGACAUGGAGUUCUUGGGGCAAUCACACGGCGGAGGAUACAUAGAGGGAACUUCUUCGGAACCCUAUCACACUAGUACUUGUUUCUUAAGCAAAACAUUCUUCUCA